AUGGCGUCGUGGCUCAAAGCCGCCGAAGAUUUAUUUGAAGUAGUAGAUAGAAGAGCCAAGCUUGUUGCUGGCGAGAAAUCAGAUGAACUGCCUGAUGUUCAGGCCCCAGCUUCCAAUGGACAAGGAUCUCCAGCAAGGAGGGCCAGGCCAAGAGCGAAGUCCCAAAAGAGACUUUCUUCCAACAAAGCUCCAGUAGAUGUUGAAAGGGAGAAAACUUCACCAGAAACAGCACAGAAGCAUGUAGUCCCUGAUGUAGAUAUGCUGAUGCCAUCAAUUGAAAAUAAUGACAGUAAUUCUGGUACUCCUAGACACACUAACAAUGAAGAGCAAGGCAAUGUUGAUGGAGAUAGCUCCACAACUAAGACUGCUUUAUCUAGUACAAUAUCUAAUGAUGAGGCAAAACCUGUUGCUGAUCAUCUGGAUGCAGCUAGUGUUUCUAAUUUGGAAUUAGCUCCUUCAAAUUCAAAUGAUGAAAUUGGGAGUGAAGACACUUCAGAUGUUCCUGUUGGAGCUCCAUCUAUUGUUUCUAAAGGAGUGGAAAUUGUGCAAGGUGACUAUCCAACUGACUCCAGUCAAAAUAUCACGUCAGAAGAUGCAGUGUCUUCUAAAGAUAUGGAACAAGUAGAUUCUCAAUCUCUACAUGCAAAUGGUCCUAGCAAAGUUGAUGCACAGUCGGCACAUGUGGAUUUAGUAGUUGAACCUAAUACUGAGCAGAAAAAGCAUCAAGAGCAGAAAAAUGUCCCUUCAGCGAUGAAAGUGCAAGAGCAACUGGAUGAGGCUCAAGGACUACUCAACAUUGCGAUCUCAACUGGUCAGUCAAAAGAAGCUAGGUUAGCUCGGGUCUGUGCCGGACUUUCUUCACGCUUGCAAGAGUACAAAUCUGAAAAUGCUCAGUUAGAAGAGCUUCUUACAGCAGAGAGAGAGUUGAGUAAGUCAUAUGAAGCUCGCAUAAAACAGCUUCAGAAAGAUCUAUCUGCAUCCAAAAGUGAGGUGACUAGGGUGGAAUCAAAUAUGGUUGAGGCAUUAGCCGCAAAGAAUUCUGAAAUCGAGGCACUUGUCAGUUCUGUUGAUGCACUGAAGAAGCAGGCUGCUUUAUCUGAAGGAAAUUUGGCAUCACUUCAGGCAAACACGGAGUCUUUGAGGAGAAAUAGGGAACUAACAGAGACAAGGAUGAUGCAAGCUCUAAGGGAGGAGUUGACUGCUGUGGAGCGAAGAGCUGAAGAUGAGCGUGCUGCCCACAGUGCUACUAAGAUGGCUGCUAGGGAAAGGGAAGUAGAUUUGGAACACAGGGCUGUUGAGGCAUCCACAGCAUUAGCCAGGAUCCAGAGAACAGCAGAUGAAAGGGCUGCAAAGGCUGCAGAGCUUGAGCAGAAGGUGGCAUUGCUAGAGGUUGAAUGCACAUCGUUAACUCAAGAACUGCAAGAUAUGGAAGCUCGUGCACGUCGUGAGCAAAAGAAGGUCCCUGAAGAUACAAAUCAAGCCAUUCAGGUGCAAGCAUGGCAAGAGGAAGUGGAGCGUGCACGCCAAGGUCAGAGAGAGGCUGAGAACAAGCUUUCCUCGAUGGAGGCUGAAGUUCAAAAGAUGAGAGUUGAAAUGGCAGCAAUGAAGAGGGAUGCUGAACACUACUCACGUCAGGAACACGUGGAGCUGGAGAAACGGUAUCGGGAACUCACUGAUCUAUUGUAUUACAAGCAAACACAGCUGGAAACCAUGGCUAGUGAAAAGGCUGCAGCUGAGUUUCAGUUGGAAAAGGAAGUAAAGCGGCUUCAGGAAGCACAGUUAGAAGCUGAAAGAAGCAGAGCUUCUCGUCGAGCAUCAUCCUCUUGGGAAGAAGAUGCUGACAUGAAAGCACUUGAGCCUCUCCCCUUGCAUCAUCGCCAUAUGGCUGGGGCAAGCUUACAGUUGCAGAAGGCAGCCAAGCUUUUAGAUACUGGGGCUGUCAGGGCCACAAGAUUCCUGUGGCGGUAUCCAACUGCUCGACUUAUCCUGCUUUUCUAUUUGGUGUUUGUGCAUCUCUUCCUGAUGUAUCUCUUGCAUCGCCUUCAGGAGCAAGCAGAUACUUUUACUUCCAGAGAAGUUGCAGAGUCAAUGGGACUCGCCAACCAAACGUUACCUUGA